CUCAGACUGAGCUGGUGCAGCAUAUUUCUACAUGCUAGCAAUUCGAAAUUUUUUCCGGAGGCUAUUUGCACUAUUCCAAGCAAGAAAGCAGAAGGCACUCGAAUCUCGGUAUUCACCAAAGAAGAAAGACCGGAAAAGAAGAAGUGCCAGUUUACCUGUGGAUGAAACUCAAGCUACAGUUGCUGAUGCAGAUAAGGAAAGCAGUGGGGAGGUUUCGGAGCGAUCGUCAAGAUUUAGUCGACUACUGGAUCUUAGCGAGAGAGUCGGACGCAAAGUGAAGACCUUCGUUAGCAGACCCAUAAGACCUGCUGCGAUGAAGAGAUUUGUGAAGCGGGUCAGGGCAAGGAUUACUUUGCCAAGACGAACUCGAGAACUCGAAACUUACGGAGAAGUGGCUUUUCCUCGUACACAAAGACUUUCAUCGGAGCGGAGAAAGGAAGCUGAGAAUAUUUUCGUUGAUGCAACACAAGAUACCUUGGUACUUCCUUCUACGAGCGUUGCGGCAAGAGAGGAGCAAGAAGUCAGUGAGAAGCUUGAAAGUGGCUGUCCAAUCAUUACUGGUAACAAAGAUAACAAUGGUCAGGUUCUUAUCGGUAGCCAGCCAUUUUGGAUGCGUGAAAAUGAAGUGGAUGUCAUUACAGCCGAUGAUUUACAGUUGAAUGCAGAAGUUGUGUUAGACGUGGAUGAUGGAAAGAUCGUCUUAGAAACUAUGCCAAAAAUUCCAGUACUUUUGAACCCGUUCAACGACUUGAAAGUACUUAAGAAGAGAGAUGGGCAGUUUUUUACGAGGGGACUGUUGUUUGGUAAUUCUGUGAGAAGUAUGAUCAACCUUAGUGAUAUGACAUCAGUGAAAAUUCCGGAAAGAAAACGUAUGCACAAAAGAAUUGUAGACUUUACAAGGCCCAGUGCGAGAUACUUUUAUGAGAGAGAAACGCAUUGGGAUUUCGAGAAGCAGUACUACGUACCCCAAAACGAGGAUGCGAAACUAAAUGAAGCAGUAGAGUCAGAAAAGCCAUCUCCUCAUUCACCAGCAGAAUCUUCACAAGCACCAAAGGAAUCUCGGAAAGAAGUGUCCUCAAACAAUUCCCAACGCAGCUCGAAGAAAGCGAAAAAGAAAAAGAGGAAAAAGAAAAGCAAGCACUGA